CUUACUAAUAUUCAAGUUUUGGAUUUAUUGAUAAACAAUCUGUCUUCUGUAAUACCUUAUUGCUUCGACAAUUUUGCAUUCUUGGAUAGUACGAAAAAUAUGCCUUUCAUUAUACCUAGUUUUGGUCAAAGCUCCGUACAUGAAAAUGGAUUUUCAUCGUUUCAAUGGAAAGGUCAAGAAUUUGAAUAUAAUCGGGGUAAUAUAGUGCUUCUCAAACUCAUUGAUUUUUCAAGCAAUGGAUUGACCGGGAACAUCCCCAAAUCGUUUUCUACUAUGAGGGGAUUGAGAUCCUUGAAUCUAUCUAGAAAUAGUUUGACGGGCUAUAUAAUUCCAGAUAUUGGUAAAAUGGAGGUGCUAGACUCUCUUGAUCUAUCUCACAACCAACUCUCUAGCAAGAUACCUAUAAGUUUGGCAGGAAUACACACUCUUGGUUAUCUCGAUUUGUCAAACAACAGUUUGUCUGGAAAAAUUCCAACGGGUACUCAACUUCAGAGCUUCAAUGCAUCGUAUUAUGCCGGUAAUGAUGGACUAUGUGGCGACCCUCUACCAAAGUGCCCCGGAGAUAUCUUGAGGCCAUCCACCACUAAUUCGAAGGGAAACAUGAAUGAGAAAGACGAUGUCUUCUCAUUUAUGCAAGAAGUUGCCAUAUCGAUGGGCUUUGGUUUUAUCUUUGGAUUUUGGGGAGUUAUUGGUACAUUCAUAUGGAAGAAAUCAUGGAGAAUUGCAUUCUUCAACUUGUUGGAUGCUGUUGGAGAUUGGUUCUACGUCAGGAUUGUUGUGUUUGUAUCCAAAUGGAGAAGAGAUUGAAAUGCAAUACAGCUGUGACACUACUCGCUUUAGAGAUGAAACAAGGUGAACAAACUUGGAGUUGGUGAUCUUAUUUAAUUUUAAUGUUUUAGAGUUUUUACUUUCCUUUGUAAACUGUAUGUUGGUAUGUAUUUGUUUUGUCUAGUUUAUGCAUAGUUCAUGACCCCGUAUUAAAUGCAUAUGUUGAUUUAUAUAAUUUUAUUUAGAUUACUGUAA